ACAUUCCUCGACAUUCUAAACUUGUCACCCUUAUUACAUUCAAACUUUUAUAAGAGAAAAAUGUGUGUUGUCAAAGCUAUCAUAUUUUUUUUCCUUGUGAUUUAUGCUCAACAUGGAGCACAAGGUGAAAUACCCAAAAGAACCAUGCAUCUUAUUAAUUCAGCUAACUACAAAGGCCCUUAUAUUGGUGUUGUAAUCCCCAACUUAUUUGAGCUCAACCCUCUUCUUCAAUCUCCUAGCUUUACUUCCUCAAGGUUAACCAUUGAUUUUGCAGGUAGAAGAUUUCGAUUCGGAACCAUUGCUGGAAAGAAAGUAAUCUUGGUUAUGACAGGACUUGGCAUGGUAAAUGCAGGCCUAACUACGCAAAUGUUGUUGAGUUUAUUUAGAGUGGAAGGAGUUGUGCAUUAUGGCAUAGCUGGUAAUACAGAUCCUUCUCUUCAUGUUGGAGAUGUUGCCAUCCCUCAAUAUUGGGCCCACCUUGGACUUUUGAAUUGGCAGAGAAAUGGUGAUGGGCCAGAGGACGAAUUAGCCCUUGAAGCAGCAGGAGAUUAUUCAAGGGAUUAUGGCAACUUAAGAUUUGGUGACUACACUUCUAACAUCAGUGACAAUAAUGUACCUAAUAAUCUCUUGAACAGAAUUUGGUACCAAGCAGAAGAAGUUUUCCCGGUAGAUGGAACUCCUGAAGAAAGGCAGCAUAUAUUUUGGGUUCCAGUUGAUCCUCAUUACUUUAAUCUUGCAAAGAGACUUAAGAGCUUAAAAUUGGAGCGAUGUGUGAAUGCAACCACAUGUUUAUCUACAACACCCAAAGUGAGCACUGUAUUAAGAGGAGGAAGUGCAAGCAUAUUUGUAGACAAUGCAGCUUAUAGAAACUUCAUUUAUGAACAAUUCAAGUUAAGUCCAGUUGAAAUGGAAAGUGCUGGAGUUGCACUCAUUUGCCACCAGCAAAGGGUUCCUUUCAUCACCCUUCGCGCGCUCUCCGAUUUAGCCGGUGGUGGUUCUGUACAGUCUAAUGAAGCUGAUACUUUCUUACCUGUUGCUGCUACAAAUUCUGUUAUCGCUGUUGUAGAAUUUAUUAAGCUCUUAUGAUCAGUUUAUCACUAUUAAAGUUUUAGUAAUGUAUCCAGCAACAAAGUAAAAGGAGCUAAAUAAAGCAAAAUAAUGGUUAGGGUUUCUUAGGCCUUUAAUCUUUUUUCUAAAACUCAUCUUUUAAUUUGCAACUUC